AGACAGUUUCACCCCCAAAUGACAAUGUGAAAUCCCUUCUUAUAGGAUCAUCAAUAGUUCGUGACAUUGAUGAAGCCAAACUGAACAAUACGGAAGUUAUAUGCAUACGAGGAGGAAAGAUAUCUGACAUUCACAAGAAACUACUUACCAUGAAGAGGGAGUUUGACCAUAUAUACCUGCAGGUGGGAAGUAAUGAUUGUUCUGAGAGAGAAGACGUCAAGCUAAUAUCAGAAGAUUAUACCCUCCUAAUCCGUACAGCAAAACAGUGUUCCAGUUCUGUCACUGUUUCUAGCGUAACACCGCGCAUAGGUGCUACUCAAACCCAGGAGCGCAUUGACCAACUCAAUGGUUUCCUCCUUUGCC